AUGGAUCUCGACUGUCUCAUCAGCGAUGGCACGGAGGAAAUGAAGAAAGGUGCUAGUCAGUUGAACAAUAGUUUUAAGGCAAGUACUUUGAGUUUCUAUCAUUGUUCUCUGAAAUGGGUGAUUAGCAGAGGGAGCUCUCAUAGCUACGGUGAUAUCGGAAUGCUGUCUACCUUACGGUCGGAAUGUCCGCUAUGGGAAAAUGGAACCCUGUACAACUACGGUGACAUCGGAAUGCUGUCUACCUUACGGUCGGAAUGCCCGUUGUACCUGCUUUCUGGUCAUCGUGAAAAUUUUUCUGGUGUCAACGCUUUUUGGAAUAAAAUUGAACUAAAUAGACAGCUACAGGAUCAGUUACAGACCGCAGAGGUUGAAGCUACUAGUUCGUUGAUAAGUGUUUCCAAAAAAACCUUUGCAACAACAAUUAGAAACGUUCAUUCAGCUGUCGAAAAUGUUAACGACACAUUUACAUUGACAAUAACAGGAAAUCCCAAAACACGAUCAGCUGAAGAAGCUUCCCCUAUUGUUACACCUCCUCCCAACCUUCGCGAUCGCUCUCCUUCUCCAUCUUAUUACAACGGGAAUAAUUCUUUAAAUGAUUACGAUGAAGAAUCAGCUGAGAAGACGAAUGAUCACGAAUUUGAUGUAGAGAUAACACGUAAAGAAGAUGAUAAUCCUUUUGACGUAAGGAAAGAUGAAGGUCGUCUUAUCAUGGAGUCACGCGAUUGA